GGAUGAUGCGCGGAGGAUGCGCCGGGGAUGCUCGGAGGAUGCGCGGGGGACCCGCAGCGCCCAGCCCACGCCGUGGUUUCCACAUCCUGCUGAUACAGGAAAUAGGUAGCCGUGGUUAUGGAGUUCUCUUAAGCCAAGCAGUGGCAGCAUCCCUUGGAAAGUUUUUCCGCCCCAAAGGCAUCGGCAGCUCAGCUGGAGGGCUGGAGGUGAGGAGUACUCCUGUUACCAGCUCCUUAUUAAAUUCUCGGGAAUGGCUGGAAUUGGGGGGAGGACUGUAAGAAGAGCUGAGAAUGAGAUGGACUUACCAUGAAGGACACAAAGCUCUGAGUGAUGAUGAGCUGCAGAUGAACACAGUGUUUGCCUCCGAGGAUGGAUGUGAGUGACACAGGGAGGAAGCAUUCAAAUUAUCCCAGAAAGGCCACGAAGCAGGUGGUUCCAAGCUGUAGCCAGCAGAAGGAGGUGGACAUGGAUUACUCCUGCAGUCCUCCUGAAAGCUCUGCUGGACCUGCAGGAAAGCAGGAGCAGUGUGGAGACAAAGAAACCUGUGACACCUACUGCCAGAAACAAGGUGAGAGUCCAGCUGGGGAGUUUGCCCCCUCCAGCACCAGCUUCCCCGUGCAGAGCGAAGAUGAGGAGGCAGAUCACUGUUCCUCUGAGCGCCCCAGGAAACCACAGACAACAGCAAAGCUCCGUGAGGAUGGCAGAAGCGCCGCUCUCGGGGGUGUGCUUGGUGAGGACCCGCAGCCUGUCCCUGAGGCAGCUCUGCCCCAUCCAUGCAGGAAGCGCGGCUGCUCUUUCCGCAGCGCCGGCGAGCUGCGGGAGCACCGGCCAGCUCACCUGCCAGCUCACCUGCCGGGGCGCUCCUACCGCUGCCCCGUCUGCGGCAAAGGCUUCUCGCGCGCCGCCAACCUGCGCAUGCACAAGCUCAUCCACUCCAGCGAGCGGCCGCACAGGUGCCCCGAGUGCCACAAGGGCUUCAUCCGCACGGCCGACGUCUGGAGGCACCUGCGCAACGUGCACAAGAUCGAGCGCUCCAUGGUGAUCCUGGCCGGCGGCAUGGCCAGGAACCCUUGGUCCGUGGUGCACCGCGGCCAGCGCAGCGCUGAGCGCCCCGAUCAGCCUUGUCCCGCAGACCCAAAGUCUCAGGAGGACGACUUCAAACCUUACGCCUGCCCGACGUGCGGCAAGGGCUUCGAUAAGCCCAACCUGCUGUCCAAGCACAAGGUGAUCCACCGGGAGGACAAGCCCUACAAGUGUCAGGAGUGUGGCAUGGCGUUUGUGCAGCUGCUCAGGCUCAAGAGACACCAGCAGACUCACUCUGGGGCACGGCCCUUCUACUGUGAGGAGUGUGGAGGGACCUUCACCCGGCUGGCAUCGCUGCAGCGCCAUCACCGCAUCCACACCGGAGAGAAGCCCUACUCCUGUAAUUUCUGUGGGCAUUCCUUCACCGAGUCAGGGACCCUACGCAGGCACGAGCGCACACACAGGCUGGACAAACCUUAAUUUGAGGUCUCUGUGGUUGCUUGGUACCUGAAUGACUACCAGCCUUAAUUUGAGGUUUCUCUAGUUGCUUGGUACCUGAACGAGGUCUGCUCAGUUGGGCUG